UCCAGGGUUUGAUAGCCAUCCCUCAGUGUCAAACUUCGGGUUUAUUUCUCUCGGUUUACCUGUUCACUAAGCAGCGCCAUGUUUGCCGUCAGAAAAGCUCUCCGCCUCGGCUCCAGGCUCUCCAUCCCCGCGGUGGCGAGGAGAGGUUGCGCCGGGUCUGCGAUACCUGUGGACGAUGUUGUGAACGGACUCACCGACGAGCAGAUACAGCUGAGGCAUACAGUUCGUAAAUUCUGUGCAGAAAAGCUUGCACCCUUUGCUGAUGAGAUCGACAAGAGCAAUGAAUUUCCAGGAAUGCGGAAAUUUUGGACAGAAAUGGGAGAGAUGGGACUCCUUGGCAUCACAGCUCCAGUGGAAUGUGGGGGCACAGGAUUGGGUUUCCUCGACCAUGUCAUCGUGAUGGAAGAAAUGUCACGAGUGUCAGCAGCCAUUGCGCUCAGUUAUGGCGCCCACUCUAAUCUUUGCGUCAACCAGAUGGUCCGCCACGCCAAUGAGAAACAGAAGGAAAAGUACAUGCCAAAGUUAAUGACAGGAGAGCAUGUAGGAGCCCUCGCCAUGAGUGAGCCUAACUCCGGCUCUGAUGUGGUCUCUAUGAAACUAAAGGCUCAGAAGAAGGGAGACUAUUACAUUCUGAAUGGCAACAAGUUCUGGAUCACAAACGGGCCAGAUGCUGAUGUCCUCAUCGUUUAUGCAAAGACAGAUCCUGAUGCCUAUCAAAAGGGGAUCACAGCUUUCAUAGUUGAAAAGGGAAUGCCAGGAUUCUCUACAGCACAGAAGCUCGACAAACUCGGCAUGAGAGGAUCUAACACCUGCGAGCUGGUCUUUGAAGACUGCAAGAUCCCAGAGGAGAACAUCCUGGGUCCGUUGAACAAAGGUGUUUAUGUGAUGAUGAGCGGCUUGGAUCUGGAGAGACUUGUGCUGGCAUCAGGACCUAUCGGCAUCAUGCAGGCAGUUUUGGACUAUUCCGUUCCCUACCUGCACGUCAGAGAAGCUUUCGGACAGAAAAUUGGACACUUUCAGCUAAUGCAGGGAAAGAUGGCCGACAUGUACACCAGGCUGAGCUCCUGUCGGCAGUACGUGUACAACGUGGCCCGGGCCUGUGACAGAGGACACUUCAGUUCCAUGGACUGUGCUGGAGUGAUUCUGUACUGUGCCGAGAACGCCACUCAGGUUGCUCUGGAUGGCAUUCAGUGUUUGGGCGGUAACGGCUACAUCAAUGACUACCCCGUGGGACGGUACCUGCGUGAUGCCAAGCUGUACGAGAUCGGUGCCGGUACGAGUGAGAUUCGCCGGCUCAUUAUCGGACGAGCCUUCAACUCCAUGUUCAAGUAAUCACAAGUUAGAAAAAGAAAAAAAAACGAUCUCUCAAAGCUGUGCGAGUGUUUGCCGUGGAUGAACACAGUUACUCUCACCCCUGGGCCUUACACUGCAUGAACUACUGCUGCUGGUAGGACGUCUGGUGGAAUAUCUUUGUGUCAGAAUCAUUGUCAGCUUUUAUUUCUGAGAUAUCAGAAACAUGAAAUACCUCGGAGAUGACAGACAUUAUCUGUACAAAAAAAUGACUGAAAUGCCAUUAGAGCAAUACAGUGACACAUGACGAAACUUUCUGAGUAGGCAGUAUCAUCGAUUUUCCACUCGUGUGAUGAAGUUAAGUUGACUUCUGGAACUAUUUAAUGCAGUUGUGUAGCUCUUACUAUUUUUAUUUUGCAUCUCCAUGAUUGUUUGAUUUUUUUCUCCAUGACACUUUGAACACUCCUAGAACAAACCACUUUGGCAUUUUAAGGGUUAAAAGCAUAAAUGAAUUCUGAUGGUUGUACCAUCGUUAUAUCAGAAAAUAUAACACACUGAUGAUUAAAAAGACGGAACAGAUGGGGGCUCAGUCCACUGUUUGUGAAUGACCUUAAAUGUGAUUAUCACUACAGCCGAUUACAAAUAGUGUCUUGUUUUUUUUCUGCCAUCAAUCUACACAAGUUGUUUUAUAUACAACUCUCAUCUUGAGAUUUAAGUACAAACUGAUCAAAAAUGAAAAAAAAAAAAACAGCUGAUUUCAGAGAAUAAGCAUUAGAUCUAGUUUGUUUAGUUCCUGGAAUAAACAUAUUCCACUGUUAUAUAGAAAUGUUCUCUAAGGUCUGACUGGAGAGACCCUUCCUAACGUGUUUGUCUUUCCUCUCCAGCAGACUUUGGCUGUCAGAUUGUAGAUGUACAGUGUGAAAAUGUAUAACAUAUUUUAGGUCUGUUCGCAGUCAAUAAAAAUUUGCUUUUAUAACGUGUCAAGUUAAA